AUGGUCAAAAGUGGCGGCGGGGGCCGGCAGCAUGUGGCCGAGGCCACCAGCACCAACCAGCAGUGGGACGUGCACAAGGCCCUGGCUGUGGCCGGCGUCUUCUAUUUCCUCCACGGGGCCGGCAACGCCUGCGUGGCUCCUUUUCUGAGCCUGUACUGCCGGCAGCUGGGGCUGCCUGCCCCGCUCGUGGGCAUCGUCAUGGGCAUCAAGCACCUCGUGUCGUGCCUCUGGGCCCCGCUCGCCUCCUACCUGGCCAAGAGCCGCGGCAAGAGGAAGGUGCUCAUCACUGCCUCCCUGCUGGGCUCCGUUGGGGCUGGUUUGCUGCUCACGCUCGUCCCACCUCUGAGCAGGGAGGCUCUGUACAGGUACUGCAACAUCAGCCACUCAUCGCCUGGCGCCACCGCCGACGUGGGCACAAGCAAUGCGAGCAGCAAUGCUGUGGCCAUGGGGAACGGGGUCCAGCCCGCUGUAAGUAAGGCAGCCUUCCAACAGUCGAUUGGUUUUACUGAUCUGCUCGAAGAGAAAGACGGAGGAGUUGGUAAAGACGAUAAAACUGCAGAUCCCCACAUGGGUGGUGCCUCCGGCGUGAUGGCGUCUGUACAGUUGAAACAGGUGGCACAAGAGCUUGAUACGCCCCCUUCUAAUGAAAGACAGUUUAACCAACCUGAACAAGAAACAAGCAGCCCAGGCUCUCGGGUUCUGAAGGUGAAUGAUAAUCCUGAUGAAAACUUUCCUAUGAGUGGAAGUAGUGAGCUUUCUCUGUUUCAAACAAACCCUCGCCCUGUUGUUGGGACUUCUUAUGUUUUUGAAAAUCUCUCAGGACGCUGGGAAGAAGCUCAGGAUGUCAACUUGGAGCUCCUGCCAAUUAGUAACUUCCUUGACAGGGAGCACCAGGUUUUUCUCAUGGUGCUGGGUGCUGUUGUGUUUUGGGAGCUGCUGGCUGCACCUCUCGAAUGGACAGUUGAUGAUAGCCUUUAUGAAUAUCUUGACUUUGUUGAUGCAACUGACAGAUAUGGGAAUCUUUGGAUCUGGAGUUAUUUGGGUGCCUCUGGAGGAGCCUGCAGUAUUGCUAUACUUGUGGAUCAGUUGAAUUGCUUCCUCAAUACUGAAAUCUCCCGUCUUGCUGUUCAUUUCUAUGGCUAUGCCCUGCUGAUCACACUCACACUGCUUGUCAGCGUCUUUUUUCCCAUACAUGUUUCUAGGAAAACGGAGCACGUGAACAAAACUGUCAAAGCACUGAACCUCAUUGGAAGUGAUGGUCGAACAAUUCUGUCAGCUGUCACAGUCUUCUUGACCGGGGUCAUUGGAUCUACGGUACAGAACUUUCUCUUCUGGCAGAUGCAGGACCAGGGCAGCAGGGAAUUAUACAUGGGUCUCUCAGUGGCAAUUGGACUAAUUGCUGAAAUUUUGCUGCAUUUCUUCAAAAGCAGGUUGCUAAGGACUCUGUCAAGUAGUGGCACUGUUGCACUGAGUUUAAGUUGCCUUGCACUACAACUUCUGUACUAUUCGUUCCUAUGGAAUGCAUGGGCAGUUUUACCUAUUCAGAUUUUAUCUGCCUUCAGUAAUGGUUCGUUAUGGUGGGCAGUUAACAUGAUGGUUGAUGAUGUAGCCACUCCUGGAACAGAAAGAGCUCUGCACAUUGUCCUCCAAGGCCUCUCCUAUGGUUGUGGAGCUAGUCUGGGAAGUUUCGCAGGAGGAUUUGUUGUGAGCAAUUUUGGCUUGACAGUUCUAUACAGGGCAUGCUGCAUAAGUUUGAUACUUUGGUUAAUCUUGUUCCUUAUUGUCCAAUCCAAGCUGCCUCGGCAGAAAAAAAUUAAUUAUUCUCGUCUCCUAGCUGCAGAUCUCAGUGACGUGAGCGAUUCUGAUGAGGAACGAGAAAGGGACUGGCUGGUGAAAGCUAUGAAAGAUGAGCAUUUCAGUAGGAAUUGGUAACUUUGCACUUGAUCUGUAAUGGAACAAAUUCUGAGUACAAAGAUUAAACUGCUGGAUGGCAAGGAAAGAAGUA